AUGGUAACACCUUCCACGGCUCUAUUCAACUCUCAACGCGGAGAAAAAAGUGGCACUAUUGGUAAUUUAUCGUUCUAUCGUCAUAUGAAUUCUUUUAACGAGGUACCAGGGUUACCAGACAAUUUCAAGGUCAACGAAUUGUUAAUUACAAAUGCCAAAAAGCCAGAGUUUUACAACAAAGCCAUGCUUGAAUUGAAGCGAUUAGAGGAUGAGCCAAUUUGCCACAGACUGGCCGCGCAGCUUUUGAUAAAUACGUGUAACGGCCUCCAAACCAUUGACGAGUCAACUCUCCAAUCUACCAAAGCACGUCUGCAGAGGAAUCACGUUGAAAGCUUUGCAGCAGCACUUACGCUUUGCGAUAUGGAAGGAGUUAAUUGGGAAAUUCCAGAGCCUUGUAUGCCGCUAUCGAGUGCUGCAAUGCACCAAGCAUUGCGACAAGAACAGAGAACCUUGGUGGUCCCUCCAGAUGACGUUCAAGCUUGUCUAACGACUCUUUCUCAAGAUCAUACGCAUUGGAUGACGUGGCUUCAUCGUCGGGACUCAGCACUGCUGUUCUGUCGAGCUGCAAGCGUUGAUAUGGACAAAGGUUGGCAGCCCCCGCUAUGACAUGGACCUUUCGCUAAUUGUUACUUUAAGACCAACUAUUCGAGUCUCAAAAAAUCCUUGUGAAGAUUAUGGCAGAUUUUGCCACUGGCCUCGAGGCUGAACUUGAAAGCCUCAAGAAUAAUAUGAGAUCUCAUUCAAAGGACGCAGAUGUCUUUUUUGAGGGGCUCAUGAAUCAUGCGGACGGGUUGAAAUCCAAAUUUCAUGGGACCAUGGAAAGUGUUGCUUCAGAUAUUAAAGUACGUGAACCUUUUCCGUUCAAAUUUCCAAACUCCUAAUUUUCUCAGAAUGUCGCUGCCUCCAUCGCAUCUAUCAAAAAUAGUGGUUCAGAUAUCAACCGGUUCUUGAAAUCCGUCUUCCAAACGGCUGUCGAGGGGAAUGCAGAAAUGGUCGCAAAGCAGGAACAAGCCCUGGUAGCUUCGACCUCCAAUUUCCAAAAUCGACUUGAAGGCAUAAACGACAUGGCUCAAAGAACCGAGGAGUACGCGCUGAUGCUCGGUCAAGUGAUAGUAAGUGCACUUCCAGGUAUCACUUACAGUGCUAGUCCUGACUUUAUAGGAUCAAAUCUCAUCUAGACUCCAAACUCUCGCCGACCAGCAAGAUUUAAUGGGAGAGAAAUCAGACGGUGUUCUUACCGCCCUUUUGAAUGCCACGGAUCUGUUUCAAACCCACGCCACUCAACUCGAGAAGGCAAGGAUGACGGCAAAUAAAAUUCAUGAUAGUUUAGGGAAUGUUGCCUCAAUUACCAAAUUGGUUUCCACGUUUGCGGACAAGAUGACUCUUAGUGGAAGAAUUGGGGAUUGGAUGGUACGGCUCGUUGUCCCACCUGCCACGGUCUUUCUCGGCAGCUACGGAUUACCACCAAGUCUUUCCCGAAAUGCGCUUUUACUUGUUGGUGGCGGCGGAAUUAGUGAAAGUAUCGUUCAUCUACGGCGAUGGGCUCCUAUUCAGUGGUAUAUGAAUUCUCUUGCUAAUCUCGAUCCUUGGGAAUGGUAUCCAGAGUCUUUUGAGCCUAGUACGUUUACGCAUUUGGUGAGAACUCGGGCGAAUCCUAAAGCUGGGGAGAUGAUCGAGGAUUUGUUCACUAUGCGCUGAGCCUGAUAUCAUGGGGUAUUUUGGGAUGGAUUGUAUGCCAUCAUGAACGGAUCGUCUGAGGAAAAGAUACGAUAUGCAUAUAUUUUGCUACAUAGCUAUUUACCACCGGGGACACGGGAGGGUUGCGAUAUAUUCUACGGGUAUUAGGGAAAGGGAUGGCGUAUCGGUUCUGAAAUGUUUGGGGUGGGUUCGGGAUUAUCAUAAAAGAAGGCGUCGGGUUACAUCUUGCAUUUUUGCAUUAGCUUUAGGCUCUUGAGGUAAGGGACUUGGUGGCAAUGGG